UUCUCAUCGCGAGACCGAAUUCCGAUGAAAUUCAUAGAAUUUUGAUAGAUUUCAAGCAUUUAAAUAAAUGUGCAAGCUUCGUGGUUAAAAACUGCACCGAAUAUAAUUCAAAAUUCAUCUGGCACUUCAGUUUUCAUGGAAAAAUGGACCUAACAUUCACUGGAAUUUGUGAUUUGUGCAAAGGCGAAAAUCAGCUUUUGAAAAGUUUACCAAUUAAAACAGCAAAAAUAUUGGAUAAUGUUUACGGGAUUCAUAUCAAACUCAAAAAUAUGUGGCGCAUCUGCUCCCAAUGCAAUUACGAAAUUUGUAACAUAAUUUUGAAAUAUUUGGAGAACACAACGAGAAACGCUCUCUUGCAAUUGUCUGAUGAUUUGACAAAAUGUUUCGUUUGUGGCACAAGCAAGAUCGUCCGAAGUCACUGUUUGAAGGAAGUUGUCGCGAAAAUUAGCGAAAAAAGCUCUUUGGAAGAGGUUUAUGCUUGUUUUUCGUGUCAUUUUGUCGUGAGCAUCGUUUUAAAGUACAAAGAUUACCUGAAAUCGAGUCAAUUGUGGACGACAGCGACGCAUUCUUGUAAAAAUUUGAUAAUUUCCAGUGAGCCAGCUCCUGUCCAAAGCCCAAAUCCUACUUUGUCUCGCCGGAAAAACCCUCGCCCAACAAAAUUGCAACCGGCAAUCAAAAAAUGCGUCGUUGUUUUGAAGAAAUUGGACUUUGCAACACUCAGUGAGCAGUUGAGAGAGGAGAAAAAUGACACAGAAAAUAAAAUUACGGAAGAAUACUCACCAAAACCGGUUAAAAAGCCGGUUGUUAGGCUGUGUCAAGGAGAUUCAUGGACAAAAUCGGGUCUCACGCCACACUUAGAGUCUCCUUCAGUGAAGCGAAAACGGAAAAUUCCCAAGAAAGAGGACUUUAUUUAUUUCAAAUUAAACGACAGAAGUGAAAAUCUCAAGCGAAAAAAGGUCCAAUUGACGAAACAACUCUCAAAUUCAACAGAAAUUCUUCCAAACAUCAAAAAUUGUUUCGUAAAAUUAAAACGAUGUGAGACCCCAGUGCCAUCUCCAACCACAGAAGAACCAAAAUCUCCUAUCACAACACCUAGAAAAGAGCCUGAAACGCUCAAAGAAAACUCGACACCAAAUAUUUCUCCCCUUUUCCCGCCCAUUUCACAGUUACCGGAACUGCACAAGUACAAAAAAGAAUUUUCUCUGCCGCCUUCGUUGCAAGAACACAAGAAUCUCCUUCAAAAAUCGCCAUCUGUCGCGGCAUCUCCAGAAAUCUCACCGAUCAAAAGUUUGCUGAGCCAUUCGCAGAACAACAACAAACACGGAACGCCAAACAAGAGUGUCUCGUUCUCCGUUGAUGACAUUGAAAUUUUCGAAUAUACGCCGGAAGCGUCGGAAUGCGAAGAGGAAAUUGACCAAAUCGACAUUGCGGCGUUAGAUGAGUAUCUGACGAGUGACGCGAAUGUCACGCAAACGGAUGAGGUUGAGUUCGAAACGGUGAUCCACAAUGAAGUAGAGGUCAAUAAGGUCAUACAUGAGAUAAUAUCGGGGCUGUAAAGAUGCUGGUCGAUUGCCAUUUACUAAUUUUUACAUUGUGAUUUGAUUUAGAGCAGCAUUUAGGCGGAAAAUUUCAUUUAAAGGUUGAUACAAAUUAUUGAAAAUGUUUUUGAUUUCGCAGAUUUUCACAAAUUUAGAAUUAAAAUGUUUAAAAUUUGCUUAAAAAUUUCAUUUUAAAAGUUCAUAAGAACGU